AUGGCUGAAAAUGAGAAGCUCGAUAUAAAUGAGUUUCUUCGCAGACAUUUGUGGGUCAAGAAUUGGAUGAAUUAUAGAAGGGUUGGUGCAAACGCGCUCCAUCGCACUUUUGGCGACACAUUCAACUUUUCCGCCAAAAGUUCAUAUUUUUCCGCGCGCGCGAAACGUGAAUUUGCAGCAAGAAUACACAAAAGGCGAGCUGCUGCAACUGAACGACCUAGUAAUCGAGCUGUUCCGCGUCGAGUGCUCGCUGGUACCCGUCUCGCCGCCCGUCACAAUCGUCGGCGACAUUCACGGACAAUUCACCGACCUCGUCCGUCUGCUUAACGCGCGCAUCUCCAAAGACACUGCCAGAAAGAAGGUCACCUACGGAUUCGCGUGCAACAGGUACGAAAAAAUAGAAAAAAAAAUGUUUUUUGAUCGCGGAAGAGCUGAAAAUUUGCCACCGCACGCCGAGAACCUCAUUGCCCUAGGCGGCAAGAGGUUGAAGGUGUGCGCGUGGCGCAGUGGUUGCGUUUUUGUUGUCCAGGCAAUAGCUCGCUUACAUUUUGUAUCUUCUUUGCAGAUGGCUCUUUCUGGGCGAUUACGUGGAUCGUGGACCGUGCUCGCUCGAAUGCAUCUCGCUCGUUUUCGCCCUCAAAGUACGUGUUCCUUUCAGUUUUUUUUUGCAAUAGAAAAAAGUGCAGAUCGCCUAUCCGAAUCAAUAUAUUCUGUUGCGCGGAAAUCACGAGACACGGGCCAUCAACAACGCGUACGGCUUCAAGGUUUCAAAAAUUCUUUAAAAAUUUGCAAUAUCCCAAAUGUAGGAAGAUGUGUUUCAACGAAUGGGCGCGGAGGACGGCGAAAUAGUGUGGGAAAAGUUCAACGAGGCGUUCUCGUACAUGCCGUUCGCGGCGCUCGUCGGCUCGAAAAUCCUGUGCAUGCACGGAGGAAUCGGACCGAAUUUGAAGUCGUUGGACAACAUUCGCAAGGUGAGACAACACAAUGAGCGCACUUUAAAAAGUGCGAUUUUUGCAGAUCAGACGUCCGCUGGUAGAUGUCUCGCAGGACCCGCUCGCCCAGGAUUUGAUAUGGGCGGAUCCGGUGGAACUCUCGCUGCGGGUCGUCUUGGAAAAGGCCGUGUACGCGCCGAACCUGACCCGAGGACUUUCGGUCAUUUUCAACGAACAGGCCGUCAUUGAAACGUGCAAUGCUCUCAAUAUUUCGUUGAUUGUUCGCGCUCAUCAGGUUGGAAACUUGUUUUUUGGCGAACUCUUUUCUUGUUACAGGUUUUCAGGCGUUUUGAUGGCGAUAUCUUCUGAGAGCUACAGUAGGCUUAAGAGUUGUUUUAGAAAAAAGUUUUCAACUAACAAAAUAAAGUUCAUGUUUAGUACAUUAUUUUUGUAGUUGACAACAUUUUGAUCCGACCACUCUGAAGGAUGCUGUAGCUCUUAAAAGUUGGGACAGCUUUGCAGUCAUUUUGACAAGGCCUAUCUACAAUUGCUCGCAAAGGUACUGUAACUUCUUGGAGUUACAGUAUCCUUGAGAGCAGUAUUCCAUAAAAGUUGUCUACUAACAAAAUAAAGUAGCACUUUACCGUACCAGACACAGUUUUUUGCAGAUGGUUUUGGAAGGAUUUCGAUUUUACGCGAACAGAAAACUUCUCACAAUCUUCUCGGCGCCCAGAUAUAAUAACGAAUCAGAGGUCAGACACCUACGCAUUUCUUUUUAUUAUUGCCGCGUUCAAAGUCUCGGAAAAUCCGCAAAUCUCGCGGAUUUUGCAGUCCAAAGUCGGCAGAAAUUUGCGGGAAAUCCGGGGAGCGCACAGCUGAACGAGUGUUACCGUACACCAUAAAACUACGGUAUUUUUUGAAAAAAAUUACAUUUCUCGAGAAUAUUUGCAAAUUUUCAAAUUUCUUGCGUAAAUUUUCAACGGUAUUUUUUGGAAAAAAAUUUAAAUUUCUCGAGAAUAUUUGCAAUUUUUUUCAAAUUUCUUGCGUAAAUUUUUCAACGGUAUUUUUUUGAAAAAAAUUUAAAUUUCUCGAGAAUAUUUGCAAUUUUUUUCAAAUUUCUUGGGUAAAUUUUUCAACGGUAUUUUUUUGAAAAAAAUUUAAAUUCCUCGAGAAUAUUUGCAAUUUUUUUCCAAUUUCUUGCGUAAAUUUUCAACGGUAUUUUUUUGAAAAAAAUUUAAAUUCCUCGAGAAUAUUUGCAAUUUUUUUCAAAUUUCUUGGGUAAAUUUUUCAACGGUAUUUUUUUGAAAAAAAUUUAAAUUCCUCGAGAAUAUUUGCAAUUUUUUUCCAAUUUCUUGCGUAAAUUUUCAACGGUAUUUUUUUUGAAAAAAAUUUAAAUUUCUCGAGAAUAUUUGCAAUUUUUUUCAAAUUUCUUGCGUAAAUUUUUCAACGGUAUUUUUUUGAAAAAAAUUUAAAUUUCUCGAGAAUAUUUGCAAUUUUUUUCAAAUUUCUUGCGUAAAUUUUCAACGGUAUUUUUUUUGAAAAAAAUGUAAAUUUCUCGAGAAUAUUUGCAAUUUUUUUCAAAUUUCUUGCGUAAAUUUUUCAACGGUAUUUUUUUGAAAAAAAUUUAAAUUUCUCGAGAAUAUUUGCAAUUUUUUUCAAAUUUCUUGCGUAAAUUUUCAACGGUAUUUUUUUGAAAAAAAUUUAAAUUUCUCGAGAAUAUUUGCAAUUUUUUUCAAAUUUCUUGCGUAAAUUUUUCAACGGUAUUUUUUUGAAAAAAAUGUAAAUUUCUCGAGAAUAUUUGCAAUUUUUUUCAAAUUUCUUGCGUAAAUUUUUCAACGGUAUUUUUUUUGAAAAAAAUUUUAAAUUUCUCGAGAAUAUUUGCAAUUUUUUUCAAAUUUCUUGGGUAAAUUUUUCAACGGUAUUUUUUUUGAAAAAAAUUUAAGUUCCUCGAGAAUAUUUGAAAAUUUUUCAAAUUUCUUGCGUAAAUUUUCAACGGUAUUUUUUUUGAAAAAAAUUUAAAUUUCUCGAGAAUAUUUGCAAUUUUUUUCAAAUUUCUUGCGUAAAUUUUCAACGGUAUUUUUUUGAAAAAAAUGUAAAUUUCUCGAGAAUAUUUGCAAUUUUUUUCAAAUUUCUUGCGUAAAUUUUUCAACGGUAUUUUUUUUGAAAAAAAUUUAAAUUUCUCGAGAAUAUUUGCAAUUUUUUUCAAAUUUCUUGCGUAAAUUUUCAACGGUAUUUUUUUUGAAAAAAAUUUAAAUUUCUCGAGAAUAUUUGCAAUUUUUUUCAAAUUUCUUGCGUAAUUUUUUUCAACGGUAUUUUUUUGAAAAAAAUUUAAAUUUCUCGAGAAUAUUUGCAAUUUUUCACAUUUCUUGGAUAAAUUUUCAACGGUAUUUUUUGAAAAAAUUUAAAUUCCUCGAGAAUAUUUGCAAUUUUUCAAAUUUCUUGUGUAAAUUUUUAAAAAAUACCGUAGUUUUAUGGUGUACGGUAACACUUGUUCAGCUGUGCGCACCCCGGAUUUCCCGCAAAUUUCUGCCGACUUUGGACUGCAAAAUCCGCGAGAUUUGCGGUGUUUCCGAGACUUUGGACGCGACGCUAUAGUAUUUACACAUUUUCAGAACGACGGCGCCGUGCUGAAAGUGGACGAAUCGGGACGGAUCAACAUUGCAAAGAUGCGGAACACGCGACCGCUGAAGGAGAAGGUGGAGGACGAGCCGACGCGCGGAGACGACAUUCCGGGCGCGCCGGUCAAGAAGAAGAAGAGUGCGGGGACGGCUGCGACGGCGGAGGGCAGCAAGAGCAGUUCCAAGUCGGGAAGCACGAAGAGCGGCACUCUGCGCUCGAUUUGA